UACCUACAUUGGUUUUUUUUCUCCUAGAAAUUUGUUUUGGACUAACUUUUGGGUGAGCUCAGCAUAGUCUUACAAAGAUACACGAUUAGUGAGGGAAAUUAUGGAUCAUUUUAAUUUGUUUUAAGGUAAUUUUCCAGCUUUUCUGCAUACAUUGUGUGUCACCUUGAACAGACAGCUGAUUGUGGGAUAAAAACACAGCCUUAAUAAUGGGUGUAUGGGUGGGAUUCACUAAUUAUCAUUGUUUAUAAAGGUAUUAUAGAAUCCUGAGAUGGGUAGAAAUUUAACAGUUUAUUAAUUUUUAAGCCUGUCUGUCAUGUAACAAGACUGACAGUAAAGUGAAUCUUUUUUUUAGAAGCUCUGGUACUGAAGUUCCCAUUUUGUGAAGUAACAGCAGAGAAGUGCUGUGAUGUGAAUGUUGAGAGGAGCAGUGGCUUUGCUUGGUUCUGAUCAGAACUUUUUAUAUUUGGGAUCUGGAGAUUACAUUUCUCCUUGCCUGCAGACAGGCACAUGAUCGAUUCAAAUCAACAAUAAAUUCUUUUAAACCUUGAGCUCGUCGAAUUAACCACGUUAAAUCUAUUAUGAAAAAGCCAAUUCACUGUGUGUGGCAGGACGUGAUUGCAGCUUUUGUAACAACCCAGCGAGUGUGCUGGCAACGCCACAUUUUUUUUCCCCCGGCAUUGCUGCACCUGCAUUUAUCCUUUUGUGUUGGGAGCGAUGCUGAAUUCCACAGGGUCCGCAAGACCCUUAUCAAUCUCUUGAUUUUAAUGGGCCAGUCCUUCAGGGCGUAGCUCUAAUUUGGAGCAGAUGGCAUCGCCGGGCGGCGAGGAUGCAUUUCAGCAUUGCGAGGGGCUCUCUCUUUUGGAUUUGGAGAGCCUGGGCAGCCUGCGCAGCCGCUCCGCCAGCAUCGGCAGCACCGGCUCCAGCGGCCGCCUGCAGCUCCGGCACAGGGUGGCACAGCUCAUGGCCUGCGUGGAGGACAUCAGCUCCGAUGAUGAGAUCCACGAAGAAGUGUCUCGCACUCUGGAUGAAGCUUUCCUCAUCUGGGGGAAAAAGCUGAAGGAUAAGUGGCAAGAAUUCAGACUACACUUAGUUACCUGGAAUGUGGGCACAGCUUCUCCCCCUCCCGAUGUCACGAGUUUACUUCAGCUCAACUCGCUGGGCCCGACCACGGAUAUGUACGUUAUAGGCUUACAGGAGGUGAAUUCAAGAAUCCCAAAUUUUCUGUCUGACUUGGCAUUUGAUGAUCCAUGGAGCAUUUUUUUCAUGACUGUCUUGUCUCCCUUGGGAUAUAUAAAGCUCUCCUCGGUUCGCAUGCAGGGGUUGCUGCUUCUGAUCUUUGUGAAGCACGUGCACCUUCCCUUCAUCCGGGACAUCCACACCCACUACACCCGCACGGGCCUCUAUGGCUACUGGGGGAACAAAGGAGGAGUCAGUGUCCGCAUGUCCCUCUUUGGGCACACGCUCUGCUUCAUGAACUGCCACUUGCCAGCUCACAUGGAGAACACAGAGCAGCGACUGGAUGACUUUGAGAAGAUUCUGGAAAUGCAGUUUGAAGGAGAGGAUAUUCCAAGUCCCUUGGAUCAUGAGGUUCUCUUCUGGUUUGGAGAUCUGAACUUCCGGAUAGCAGAUUAUGGGAUACACUUUGUCAGAGAAUCAAUCAACAACAAGCGUUUCAAUCUGCUCUGGGAAAAGGACCAGUUAAAUAUGGCAAAGAAGAAGGAAGCAUUUCUGAAAGAAUUCAAAGAGGGUCCUCUGCAGUUUAAGCCCACCUACAAGUUUGACCUUUACUCAGAGGUCUAUGACACAAGUGAGAAGAAGAGAAAGCCAGCAUGGACUGAUAGAAUUCUAUGGAAAGUGAAAAAUCUCAGUGAGGUUGCAUCAAAAGAAGGCGAAUUCCCUGAAGAAGAGAACCUGAUUUCUGUUACUCUGAUUAACUAUGUCAGUCACAUGAGCUAUGGCAUCAGUGAUCACAAACCUGUCACAGGAACUUUCAAGCUUGAGAUGAAGCCUCUUGUCUCAGAUCCCUUGGUCGUGCUGAAUGCUGAGGGUGAGUGGAGUGCAGAGCACGAUGUUCUCAUCCGCUACUCUGCAGUGCCUGAAUUCCCCAGCAGUGCUUGGGACUGGAUUGGGCUCUUCCAGGUGACUUUCAGGCAUGUGAAGGAUUAUGUUACUUAUGCUUGGGUGGAAGAUGAUGAAAUAUCUUCCAGCAGAGACAGUAAACAAGUUUACAUGAGUGCUUCAGAAAUACCUAGGACGGGAGGAGAAUUUUUGCUUUGUUAUUUUAGCAAUAACUUGCAGUCAAUAGUUGGCAUCAGUGAACCUUUUCAGAUUCAGCCUAGCCAAGAACCAAUAGAAAAGGAUCUGCCAGAGGAAGAGAGCAGCUGGCUGCAUAAACCUGACAAUCCAGAACCACGUCGUGAUUCUGAAAAAAGAAAGGGCACAUAAUGGUCCUGGUUCAGCAGUCAGAUGAUUCUUUAUGUCUUAGUGAUUGUAAGCUUUUGCUCUUAGAAGAUGGAGUAAGACAGGUAGGAUUGUUCAGAAACUUUGGAAGCUUGUAGAGGAUAAUUUAUUGUGGAAAUGGAUAUUUUUAUUCUGGGGAGAGUAACUCUCUUGCACUGGAUGAGAACUGUAAAAUAGCACUUAAGGAAUGCUGUGUGUUUUAAGGUGAUAGACAUUUCUAAUGCAAUGAUUUAACCUAAGGAAGUUGCAAUGUUUAAUAGAUUUUUAAGCUUGUUCCUUUUUAUGUAGAGGAUAUUUUAUUUAAGAUGCAAUAUUUACUAUGCUGUAACUACUUAAUAAUUGAUUUCCAAAUUUUGAGUUUAAAUGAAGUUAUUUAAAAAUUAUUUAUUAGAUACAGCUAGUUAGCUUGUUUUGAAAUUUUAUUUGACUUUCAAAUGUAAGCUAAUUACCUUUUGGGAAACACCAGUGACAACAGGUCACAUGAAAAAAAUCUUUGGAGUGUGUAAUGUCUCCUUUGGUAGAUCCUUCUCUUCAUGCCUUACUGAGAACUCUUUGUAGGAUUUUCCAUUUCUGAUUCUUCCAAAUUGAAAUACAUUUAUCAAAAUGCACUA